AUGGUGAUGGCAGCAUUUUAUGACAAAAACGGACGGAAGAAAGGUGCAUGGAGUGAAGACGAAGACAAGAAGCUCAGAACCUAUAUCGAAAGAUAUGGCCAUUACAAUUGGCGUGAACUUCCUAAGCUUGCUGGUUUGUCUAGAUGCGGAAAGAGUUGUAGGUUGAGAUGGAAGAAUUAUCUGUCCCCAAAUGUGAAACUCGGAAACUUUUCAAAAGAGGAAGAAGAUCUAAUUGUCGCUUUACAAAACAAGCUUGGCAACAAAUGGUCAAAAAUCGCUGAAAAAUUGCCAGGAAGAAGUGACAAUGAGAUAAAAAAUCAUUGGCAUGCACAUUUGAAAACAAGCACCCAAAAAGAUCAAGCAAUGUCGUCAAAUAAUAAAGAUAGAAGAAUUGGAAGUUUGAAGAAGGCCUAUAAGAGUAAACCUAAAGUAAGUCCAACCAACAAAAAAUCAAACUUUAAACCCCAACAGGGAGUUGAAAAUGUAGUAGUUAAUACUAUGGCUUCAUCACAAUCAUCGCCAUCAACUACCGCAACAUCUUCUUAUUGUUCGUUGAGUGACUUUAAUAAUGCAACUUCUUCAAGUCAUGAUGUUGUCACACAAUCUUUUGAAUACAAUAAUAUUAUGGAAGGAGAUUUCUGGACAGAACCCUUUAUACUAGAUGACAACUCUAGCAUCUACCAAAGUGAUACUUUGUUGUCACCUUUGGAUUUAGCCGAUGAUUACAUCAACCAAGCUUCUUACCAAGAUAUAAUGAUGAAUGGUUCAUGUUUUUGGUCAAUGUAA